GACCACCUCCAUUUUACCUCGGUCACUGGGCGGAGGAGUAGCGACUUGCAGCGGACUGCGCUGCCGGUGGAGGAGCAGCGUCCCCCGGUGGAGGUUUGAGGUCUUGGCGGCUCGAAGCGGCUUUUCUCUGGGAUGGCGGCGCUGCGGCAGCUCGCUGGAUUUGUGAGGAUUUAUCCCUGAGUUAUUCUCCGUCGGACUGAGCUGCGAAGAGGAGGCGGCGGUUCGGAUGAUCAGAUUCUUGGUGAGGAUGCGGCAGUGAGCAUGCUCAGAGCGCUCACCGUUACCAUGGCGAUGUUCAGUAGCUUCCAGGCCUGCAGCGGUCAGGACAACUGUUCUGCCAACAAUGAGUCCAAAGCCUACUGUUACUCUGCUCGGAUCCGGAGCACAGUGCUGCAGGGGCUGCCGUUCGGAGGCGUGCCCACUGUGCUCGCUCUCGACUUCAUGUGUUUCCUGGUGCUGCUGUUCGUCUUCUCCAUCCUGAGGAAAGUAGCGUGGGAUUAUGGCCGCCUGGCGCUGGUCACGGAUGCAGACAGACUGAAGAAGCGUUUCAGAGACAUGGAGGAGCACGAAUACGUUGCCUCUGCGAUGCAUUCAGAGACUCCCGACCGCUAUGAACGCCUCACCUCAGUGUCCAGCUCAGUGGACUUAGAACAGAGAGACAACGGCUUCUGUUCGUGGCUUACGGCCAUUUUCAGAAUAAAGGACGAGGAGAUCCGGGAGAAAUGUGGCGAGGACGCCGUGCACUACCUGUCCUUCCAGCGACACAUCAUCGGUCUGCUAGUUGUCGUUGGCGUUCUGUCUGUCGGCAUCAUCCUGCCCGUGAACUUCUCAGGAGACUUGCUGGAAAACAACGCCUACAGCUUCGGUCGCACCACGAUAGCCAACCUGAAAUCUGGAACCAACCUGCUGUGGCUCCACACGACAUUCGCCUUUAUGUAUCUGCUGCUGACUGUCUACAGCAUGAGGAGACACACGUCUAAGAUGCACUACAAGGAGGACGACCUGGUGAAACGCACUUUAUUCAUUAAUGGCAUUUCUAGGUAUGCUGAGGAGAGUCAGAUCAAGCAGCACUUUGAGCAGGCGUAUGAGAACUGCACUGUGCUGGAGGCUCAGAUCUGCUAUAAUGUAGCCAAACUGAUGGCUCUGAAUGCUGAGAGGAAGAAGACGGAGCGCAGUAAGAAGUUCUUCACGGACCUGAUGGCGAAGGAACACAUUCCCACCAUGAUCAACCCCAAACCCUGCGGACACCUAUGCUGCUGCGCCAUCACCGGCUGCGAGGAGGAGGAGGCGGUCAGCUACUACACAAAGAUGGAGGCCAAACUGAAAGAGGAGUACAGGAAGGAGAAGGAGAAGGUCCACACCAAACCGCUGGGCAUGGCCUUUGUCACCUUCCAGAACGAGGCCAUGACCGCCAUCAUCUUGAAGGACUUUAACGCUUGUCAGGUCCAGGGUUGUCGGUGUCAGCUGGAGCCUUGCUCCUCCCAGUUCAGCGAAGUCCUUCAUGUUUACAACUGGAGCGUUUCAUAUGCGCCCGACCCGCAGAACGUCCGCUGGGAGAACUUAUCACUGGGUGGGAUCUCCUGGUGGAUCCGCUGCUUCAUCAUCAAUUGCAUUCUCUUCCUCCUGCUCUUCUUCCUCACCACGCCCGCCAUCAUCAUCUCCACCAUGGACAAGUUCAACGUCACCAAGCCUGUGGAGUAUCUGAACAACCCCAUCGUCACUCAGUUCUUCCCCACCCUGCUGCUCUGGGCCUUCUCUGCUCUGCUCCCCACCAUCGUCUACUACUCUGCUUUCUUUGAGGCCCACUGGACCAGGUCCGGAGAGAACAGGACCACGAUGCACAAGUGUUACACCUUCUUGAUCUUCAUGGUUCUGCUGCUGCCAUCCCUUGGACUCAGCAGUUUGGACGUGUUCUUCCGCUGGCUGUUUGACAAGAAGUUCCUGGCUGAUGCUAAAAUCAGAUUUGAGUGCGUCUUCCUGCCAGAUAAUGGAGCAUUCUUUGUCAACUAUGUCAUCGCAUCAGCCUUCAUCGGUAACGCAAUGGACCUACUGAGGAUCCCCGGUCUGCUCAUGUACAUGAUCCGGCUCUGUCUGGCUCGCUCCGCUGCAGACCGCAGGAAUGUGAAGAGGCAUCAGGCCUACGAGUUCCAGUUCGGAGCGGCGUACGCCUGGAUAAUGAACGUCUUCACGGUGGUGAUGGCCUACAGCAUCACCUGCCCCAUCAUCGUCCCCUUCGGUCUCAUGUACAUGCUGCUGAAACACCUGGUGGACAGAUAUAACAUGUACUACGCUUACCUGCCCUCCAAACUGGACAAGAAGAUCCACUCAGGAGCUGUCACUCAGGUGGUCGCUGCGCCCAUCCUCUGCCUCUUCUGGCUCCUCUUCUUCUCCACCGUACGAACAGGCUUCGAGACUCCGACCUCCAUGUUUACCCUGGUGGUUCUGAUUGUCACCAUCGUGGUCUGCCUGUCCCACGUUUGCUUCGGACACUUUAAGUACCUGAGCGCCCACAACUACAAGAUUGACACGAAGGACAAUGAAGCAGAUGCUAUGAAGAAUGGACGCCCUGCUCGACCUUCGUCCUCCCCGACCUCUAAAUCUCAGCUGCAGCAGCAGCAGGCGCAGCAGCAGCAGAUGUACAUCGCCCAGGUGCUCCAGGACCCGAACUCAGAUGAGCCGGGUGGCGCCAGCAGCGAGGAGGACCGGGGCUCGUCGCAGGACGAGGAGAUGCUAAAUGGAGGGACCAGCAUCAACGAGGCGGAUUUCCAGUCAGGGGAGGACAGUCUGAUCGCCAACGAGGUCCACCAUUAGCUAGGGGUGGAGCCAGAGGGAGGGGCGGGACUAGCCACGCGAUAGUUAAAUUUAAAGAUGACUGGAGAUUCACUGCUCGCACUCAGACAGUAGUCUGGCUUGGUUAGCUCCGCCCCCUCUCAGCCUGAAGACUUGACCCUGACAUUUGACGCCAGUGCCAGAU